UAACUCAUAGGAGUUGGUGUUUGCCAUAGUCAUUAGCAUAUUUUUCAUGGAGACCAAUUUGUCAAAAAUGAUCACUCUCCGUCCAUUCAGGCUAUCUGACGUUGAUGAUCUCAUGUCAUACGCAGGCGAUGAUCAAGUGACUCGGUCCCUCCGAUGGAAGACUUUGACAACCAGAGAUGAGGCUUUGACUUUCAUCAAGGAUGUUUGUAUCCCCCACCCUUGGCGCCGGGCGAUAUGCAUCGAUGACCGUUCGAUCGGGUUUGUAACCAUUUUUCCAGGAUCAGGUGAUGACAGGUACAAGGCAGACUUGGGAUAUGCAAUAGCUGCAAAGUACUGGGGGCAAGGGAUUACCACCAAAGCAGUUAAGAUUGCGGUGUCUCAAGUUUUCAAUGACUUCCCUAUUUUGGUGAGGUUGCAGGCUUUUGCUGAUGUAGAGAACAAGGCCUCUCAGAGGGUUUUAGAGAAAUCUGGGUUCCAAAGGGAGGGUGUGUUGAGGAAAUAUGGAUAUCUUAAGGGAAAUCUUAAGGAUUUGGUUGUUUAUAGUUUUCUAUCAACAGAAGUUGCAGUGUUAUAA